AUGAGUAAUUCUCCAGAGCCUAAGACCCUUGGAAAACAAAGUUUGGCCAGCUCGCCAACGCAGUGCCAGAUCAUUGAGUUGAACGUUGGUGGAGAGAUCUUCACCACCACGCUGAACACUUUGAAGAAGCACCCAGGCUCCAAACUGGCUGAAAUAUUUGGCCAGGCCAAGCCCCGAAGAGAUUCAGCGGGCCGAAUCUUCAUAGACCGGCCUGGAACUUACUUUAAAUACAUCCUGGAGUAUCUGCGUGGUGAUCGCGUCCCCUUGCAAAACGUUGAGGAGGUUUACAAGGAAGCCGUCUACUAUGACCUCAAGCCUUUGAUCAAACAACUGGAAGAAUCCCCUCAAAUCUUUGGUGAGCUGGUGGCGAGGAAGCAGUUUCUUGCCCGGGUGCCCAACUAUUCUGAAAACAUCGAAUUGAUGAUCCGAAUCGCCCAGGCAGAAGCUGUGGCCUCCCGCCAAUCCAGCGUGAUGCUCUGCGUGAUGAAGACUUUGGAAGAUGUGGCGAGGUGUAGUGAUGCCCUCAGCAUUUUACUAUGGAGGUUCUUUAGCCACCAGGUCAAACCGGGCACCUUUCGCCGGGGCUCGUAA